UGCGACAGAAUAAGAACAUGGAAUAGUCUGUUUUCGAACUUCAGGGAUUCGUUUGAAUUAGAUAAUACCUUUGUAGAGGAUAUGCAUUUGUGAUCAUUGUUAAAUAUAGUUCGGUUUGCAGUUUUGUCGUAGUGUGCUUUCCGAACAAGAGAAAUUGGAGUUUGACGGUUUGGGCUAAGGAUUUAUAUAAGCUUGUGAUAAAUCAUUGCAGGGAAAGAAAUAAGUAUUCAGUUGACCGCAUUAACAAAGGAUGUGGAAAACUAUUCUUUGAUAAAUAGAAGAUUAUAUUUGUUUCUGCUUGAUAAGAAACACAUUGAAUAAAUUGUAGGUCCAAUUCAAAUUAUGAAUAUUUAAAUAAAAAAACUACAUAACAAGCAUGAAAGAAGUGUAUAAUUACAUUGUUUUGUACAUAAUUGUUCUGUGUGUUAUUCCACCGAGGAUGCAUUGCCUGAACUAUUUGGAGAGAAGGGUAAUAGAGUUUGACAGAGGAGAAUUUGAAGACAUGAGUUAUAGAGAUAUAUUACAGAAUUUGGGAUACGAGUUUUUGUUCAAGAUAUUUGACGAUUUCUAUGUGUUUGCCACAAACAAGUCUUGGAGCACAAAAGAAAAUGAAAACGUUAAGCAUAUUAUGGACGGUAAGGUGAAAACUAUUCACCAGGAUUCAAACAUAUAUUUUUCUGCUGGAAUCGAUGAUGGUGCUACUGCUGGUGACGAAAAUGACAGCCCAGAUACACACCAACAAACAUUUUGCCAGUGUCCUCCCUACUUUGAUGAAGCGCAAGAGAUAGAUCGGUCAUGGGCAGAAGGCUAUGACGGACGAAAUGUCGUAAUUGCUGUAACAGACGUUGGUGUGGACGUAGAUAGUCCUAAUCUCCGUGAAAAUAUUGCAUCCCAUUUGUCUUUUAACUUUGUUGAUAAUAACUCGGACCCGAGACCCGAAAUAUUUCCUGAUUAUCAGGAAAGUGUACGGCUGACAAACCAUGGAAAUGCCUGUUCUGGUUUAAUAACUGGUAUUAAAGAAAACAACAAUUGCAGUUUAUGCGGUGCUGGGGUGGCAUUUAAUGCAAAAGUGGCAGCGUUGAAAAUAGGUCGAGUCAAGAAGUUUCAUUGGCAACAUAACCCGGAGAUAACAAGUGUACUGUAUUCUGCAGCACUAAGUUACAAAAACCAAGAAGUUCACAUAUACUCAAACAGUUGGACCUUCGAUGAACCUUUUAAAACUUUGCAUUCAUUUACCGAACGAAUGUUUGCAGAAGGUUUUGAAAAGGGUCGACAAGCUCUUGGUUCUAUCUACGUUUUUCCUUCUGGCCCCCAUGGAAACGGACUUACAAACAAUAUUUACACUAUUGGUGUCGCUAGUUUUGGAAUCAAUGGAAUCGUGCCUCGGAAGAGCUUUGUUAAUUCGGCUACACUUGUGUCAGCAUUUGGACAGGGAAGAAGUAGAAAUGACAAUGGAAUGCUGACAGUGACCCAUACUUAUCGUCAACAAACCUCUAGAAUGUGUGACAACAAAUUUGGAGGAUCCUCUGCAGCAACAGCUAUUAUGUCCGGAAUGAUUGCAUUGGUUUUACAGGCGAAUCCUUCACUUACUUCUCGUGACAUAAAGCAUUUACUCGUGGAGUCAGCAGGCUACAUCGGACUAGCGACGACAUCCAAUUUUACAAAGAAUUGCGCGGGAAAAUAUUUUCAUAAGGUGUUUGGAUUCGGUUAUGUACAAGUGCUGAAAAUGGUUCAUUUUGCAAAAAACUGGAAAUUUAAUCGACAACUUUUGAAUUUGACCUUUGUUUGGUUUGGUUUCCAGCAGACCCCAGCUGAUACAGGUUUUGAGUUAGUUUCAUCAUCCAAUCGCACUUGCAUACAAUCACCAAACUGCAUCGACAAAAUAGAACAUGUAAUUGUGAACUUAAACUUUAUAUAUCCAAAGCACACUCAGACCAUUCUGUCAGUUAUUUCACCUUGUGGCACCGAAUCCAUCCUCAUGGAACACGCAGGUGAGCCACCUAAAGAUGAAAACGAUGUUGGCAGAAAUGAAGGGGUUUCCAUCGAUGCAACAUUUCUUUCCAAUCAUUUUUGGGGAGAGGAAAUGGAAGGACUUUGGACAGUGAAAAUCAUAGGGCUUGGAAGUUAUUCAUAUGAAUUGUGUCGUAUUGAACGGAUAAAGAUGAUAUUUCAUGGAACAUCUAAAAAUGACAAACUUUUAAUGGAAGACACUGUUUCGUUACCAUCAGCAACAUCGUCAAACGGAAAUACAAAAGGUGUUGGAGAAUCCAAAUCACCUAUCAUAUUAGGUGUUGUUUUGGGCGGUAUAUUGCCACUUGCUGUUAUUGUUAUUGCUAUUGCAUGUGUAUUGAAACGUAAGUGGAAUAGUUACUUUUAUAUUCGAGCAAAUGCUAAUCCUGAUCCUUUUUAAUUUGGAUUUUAUUAAAAACUAAUGAUUUAAUAGCAAACAUUAAAAACAUGUGUUACUGAAGUCAUAAUUCAACUUCACAAGUACACUUAAGUUGGUAUUGUGCAAAAUGUGCAUUUAUACACAUAGCUUAUAGAAGGUAUAUGAUCAAACACAGACUACCUUAUCUAUUUUCGGCUGAAUUUUUUUAUUCAACAUGAUUGUUUAUUUGUUAUUUAUUGAACUUGUUUAUUCAGAUACUUUAUUACUUCAUCUCAAAUAAAGUUAUCGUAGUUUGGGCUCUUCAUUUUUCAUGGCAGAUGAAGAGUUACAAUACUAAAAAUUGAGUUUAAUCAAAUAAUAAAUGAUUCUAAAUGAGA